CAAUUCUGCAUGGGAGUUGUCUGCACUUUUAAUUGUGACGUCAUAGCUAUCUGACGUUUAGAUGACGUCACAAUCAUCACCAUAAACAAAGGAACUAAGCAGAAAGCAGGUCGAAUUUAGAAACACAAUGAUGGACUACAGUGAAAUACUGGAUUUCAGUGACAAGGGGGAGAACAAAUUGGAGAUUUUGAAAUUCGGAUAUAGUUGGGUGGAGGAGGUCGAGAGGCAAGAGAGAUUGGAGGCAAUGGAAUUAGAAGACAUGAAAAGAAAGGAAAUUAUGGACUACAAUGAAAUUCUGGAUUUCAGUGACAAGGGGGAAACCAAACUGGAGAUAUUAAAGUUCAACUAUAGUUGGGCGGAGGAGGUCGAGAGACAAGAGAAAUUGGAGGAAAUGGAGAAAGAGGACAGGAAAAGAAAGAUGAUUGUAAAAGCCAUCAUGAAGAAGGUUCACCAAGAAAUGAUUGACACUGCAGCCAGAAAAGCAAUGGAGAAGUGCAAAGUGCAGACAUCCAUAAUCCAAAAAAGGGAGAUAAUGCAGGAUAUCCAAAGAGAACUGAUGGACACUGCAGCCAGAAAAGCAAUCGAGAAAUGCAAAGUGCAGACAUCCAUAAUCCAAAAAAUGGAGAUAAUGCAGGAAAUCCAUAGAGAACUGAUGGUCACUGUAGCCAGAAAAUUAAGGGAGAUGGAGAAAUUACAGACAGAGUUGAUGAGUAAAAGGGAACUCAUGAAGAGUGCUCAUGAAGAACUUAAGAGACUGGAGGAACUGAAAGAAGGUCGCUUUAUUAAGGAAUUCGUCAGAAACAUCAUUAUUGCUGCAAAUGAAAAAGUACAAAAGGAUAUUGUCAGGGAGUUUAUCGGUAAUGUGAUUUACAUGGCUAAAGAACAGCUGCAAAACCAACUUGAGCAAAGUUCAAAGGUAAGUUUAGUUUUUAUUCCUUUAAAAUAUUCAUGA